GUACUUAACUGUCAAAAUGAUUGUGAUGCGAAACUAACGAAACAACAGUUGCGGCAGUUUUUAGUUGAAACUUUAGAGCACUUAAACUUUGUGAAUUUCUACCGGAUAUUGGAAAAUUUCAGUUGAUUUAGAAUGUUCAAGGAACGGAGCUGCCGGGUAUGUUCCGGUCCUGCGGUAUUUCCGCUCUUUGAGCCGCAAGAAGGAAUUCUGCUUGGUCAGAUUCUGGCCGACUUCGCUAAUGUUUUGAUCGCUGAAGAUGAUGGAAAACCUGCAUUUCUUUGUGAAAGUUGUGGACAGAAGCUGAAAAUGAGUGUGGAUUUCUUAAGGGAGGUGCGCGAAGCUGAAAAUAAGCUUGAAUCUAUUUCGAAGAUUUCUAUUCAACAUCACGUUGGGGAAAUAAAGCUCGAAGUUGUUCCCGACGAAAGAAGAUGUGUAUGAGUAUGAGUUUUUAGAUGAGAUCCCAGAUGAAACUGCUAAAAAUAAUGAUGACGAGGAUAACAAUGCUUCUACGGCGUCACCCGCAAUGGCAAACGAAGAUUUGUUGAAGAUACUGGAAUCGUCUGACGACGACGACGAUAACGGAAACGAUAAAAUCCUCUCUUCCGAUGAAGAGAUUGGUGACGAAAUAAUGUUGGAAGAUGAACAAACCAAAUUUCCGUUUGUAAUUCCUUCGGAAGAGAGAAUCGCUCGACGAUUGAAAUUUGAUAAUUUUGAAUAUUUGGAAAUCGAUGGUGAUCGUUGCUGCGGCUGUAGUUUUAUUGCCGCAAAUAGAGAUGAGUUGAUGCAACAUUCCAAAGAAAACCACUCUCAGAACUACUAUGCAGACAGUGGAUACACUUGUCCUACGUGUUACAACAAAUUUCAAAGCCAAGAGAGAUUGGCAAACCACAUUGAAUACUACUCUUGUAGUGAUAUCUUUCUGUGUACGAUAUGCUAUGAAUCGUUUGUACAAAAAAGCCACCUCAAGGCACAUCAGGAUUCAAGUGCUUCACACCAAAAUCAGAACGUGCCUGUUAGUCAAAAAGUUAAACGCCGUAAGAGAACUACUUACACCAAUAAAAGCGCAUUGCUAGUUAAAUCUACCGAAGUGGAUACCCGCAAACACUUUUGCUGUUUCGUCCGUUGCUGGGAAGGUUUUACUACAGAGGAUGAACUUUUAUCACAUGUACAUCUUGUGCAUGAAGGCAAACGGCGGGAGAACGAGUUGGCCAGCUCCAAGCUCAGCACAGCUUCAAAAUUCACCUGCAUAGUUUGUCAGAGGUCGUUCGACAGCGAGAAGCAAUUGCUUGUCCACGUGUCCUACAAACAAAAGCGCGAUGAAUACAUCUGCCAGCAAUGUGGGAAAAGCUUCCGCAAGGCAAGUAUUCUGCGUGACCAUGAACAAAAGGACCACAGUACCCUUACACCGGAAUUUGGCUGCGAUAUCUGCGGGGAAAGCCUUUUGGAAACUUUCGGUGUUGAAAAAUCACCGGAAGAUCCACGUCCCCUUCGAAAACGUGCCAUGCAGCGAACCGGGAUGUGAGAUGGUCUUCAGAGAUACAAUCCUUAUGAAGCGACACUGCCGGAACGUCCAUGGUGAUGCCCCUUGGCAUUGUCGAUUUUGUCCGAAAAAGGUACGCACGAAGGAAGCGCUGGACAUCCACGAGCGGGUACACACGGGAGAAAAGCCGUUCCUUUGCAGGCAAGGCUGCGAGCGGAGGUUCGCCCACGCUACUGAUCGUGUGCGCCAUGAACGUUCGAUGCACACCAGCGAGAAGCCACACAAAUGCGUCCAAUGUAAUGCGGCAUUUGUGCGCAGAAGAGAGCUGGUUAUACACCUGCAGAGGCAUCAUAGCAGCGCUGAGAAUUGAGAUAAGGUAGGUGAAUAAAAUGCUUGAUAGCGAAA